CAGCGCCGGCGCCGCUCGACCGAUCGACCAGCCAUGCCGCGGAACUACCGCCUGCCGUCGUACCACCGGCAGAGCCCGGCGAUCCGGUGCCUCAACUUCCUCUGCGCGGUGCUGCUCACGCUCGUCCUCAUCGCCGGCAUCAUCCUCUUCGUGCUGUGGCUCAGCCUCCGCCCGCACCGCCCCAAGUUCACGCUCACCGACUUCAGCAUCCCCAACGUGAACCGCCAGUCGGGCGCCGCCAACCUGCCCGUCAAGUUGGCCGUCAACGAGCACAACCCCAACCAGAAGAUCGGCAUCCACUUCGAGGCCGUCUACGGCUCCGUCUACUACGACGACGAGCUCAUCGCGUCGGGCCCCGUCAUGUACCCCUUCUACCAGCCGCCCAAGGGCGACACGCUGGUGCAGGGCGAGCUGGCCGCCUCCGGCCCGACGCCCACCGACCCCGCGUGGCAGCGCUUCGCCAGCGAGGUGGGCGCCGGCAGCGUGGGGCUGCGCCUGGUGCUCAACUCCACGGUGAGGUUCCAGGUGAAGCUGUGGGACACCAAGGAGCACCACAUGAAGGCCGACUGCGGGUUCAAGAUCAGCGGGGACGGCAGCCUCCACCAGGAGGACAGGAACACGCAGUGCACGCUCUACUUCUAGAAUUCUAGUGGAUCAUUCAAGCUGCUCUU